AUGUUCCCUGACGUCAUCCGAAAAGUGUUUGUAAUAAAUGCGCCGUCUUUCAUUCAAAUACUUUGGGGAAUGGUAUCGCCAUGUCUAGCGAAACAAACUCAACAAAAAAUUAAAAUCCUUGGAGAAAACUGGAAGGACGUGUUAAGGGAAGCAAUAGGAGAAGAGGUGUUGUAUGAGAAUUGGGGAGGUACGCGGAAAUCGGAAACGCCAUAUGGUCAUGUUCGAACAGGUGGUAAGGUACCAUUGGAUCUUAGAUACGAUUCUUCCUGUGAUUUACCUGCCGAUAAGCUCCGGAAGUUAGUCAUCUCGGCUAGAUCGGUGGAAUUUGUUCCUGUUGAAGUUGAAGGUUAG